GUAUCAACGUAUGGUGAUGCGAGAAAAUGCACUGAUGCCUUAGUAUAUACAGGGGCUUGUUCGAAAUUCUUCUGAAAGAUAGGCCCGGGUUCAGAACUCUGGCCAGACAGUGUCAGUGUGGUUAGCCUCUCACGGCCGCUUUGAUGAAUGGGAAGCCGGUAUUGAGGGCGGGGAAAACUCGUGGAUUGACCAUAGCUAGCUACUUCCAGAUACUGCCAGCAUGGCACUUGGCGCCAGCAUCUCAUGGGCUGCAUGUUGUGCUAGCAAGUCAGGGACUGCGUCGAAUGGCCAAAUCGGACCCAGAGGUGGCAGUGGACCUGGUGGACCCCGCAAGCAGAAGGAUCUACCAACAGAUCCCCCAUACACAGCAUAUGUGGGCAACCUGCCCUUCAACACAGUACAAGGAGACAUAGACGCCAUUUUCAAAGACCUCAACGUCAGGAGUGUUCGACUAGUUAGAGACAAAGAAACAGACAAAUUUAAAGGUUUUUGUUAUGUGGAGUUUGAUGACUUGGAAUCCCUUAAAGAAGCUUUGACGUAUGAUGGUGCUCUCCUUGGAGACCGGUCACUCAGGGUUGACAUAGCAGAGGGCCGAAAACAAGAGAGGGGCGCCGGAGGAUUCGGCUUCCGGGGGAACGACAGAGGAGGCCGAGGGGGCUCUCGUGGAGGUGGUCCCAGGGGAGGUUCCAGAGACGACUACGAAGGAGGCUACAGAGGAGAUGACGACUUCGGGCGGGGUCGAGGAGGCAGCCGCGGUGGUGACAGAAGGGGAGGUGGUGGAGGAGCAGGCAUGGGGGGACGCUACAGGGACGGCGGACCACCACCGCGCGCCGGCGCGGAAGACUUCAGAGAACCCUCUGACGGUGUCACAAUCUCUCUUAUCUCAUAUAAAACACUAGACCAGAGAGGAGAGGGCGCAGAGACCACGGCUUCAGCUGAAGCCACGCACGGUGGCUGCCCCACUGAACCAAGUCGCCAACCCCAACUCUGCCAUAUUUGGCGGAGCCAAGCCCAGGGAGGAGCUUGAAAAAGAGGCAGAAAAGGAAUAGAUAUAUCCACGUGGCUGCAUUAUUCUGGAAGUCUACUCUGGAUCUACUGGCUUUGUUUACCAAAAAUCUUUCAAAGACUUCUCCCAAAGAAAGCUCGAUGGGGAGUCAGGCGCUGGGUUCCUCUUUCUGCUCGCUAACACAAAGCAGGCCUUCAUCUAAUUGGAAAAAAAGAGCAGUUGGACCCAAGGCUGCUGUGAGGGGCAGGGGCCAGGCCUAUGUCAACCUGACCCGUACCCCACACACAUCAAAAGGAACUCUGGACAGUGGCUUCAGUUUGGUUCUGUUGCCUUUGGGUAAGGACUUUGCUGUGUAAUUUCUCUUACCUUUCCCAAGGCAUCCUUUGUGUUCACCAAAUGAUUUGCAGUUUUAGACAUACAGCUGUAAAAAGCUGUUCCUUUGGUGUCUUUUUACAUUUUCCUCCUAAAUUUCUGCUCUAUUUGUGAAAUGAUUAUCAUUUCAGCUUCAAAUUUCCACUGUCUUAAAUAUUAAAUGAUAACAUUGCCAAUAGAACUGAAUCCUUAAUGUUGUCUCAAUGUGUAAUUCUGGAACCUGAUUUUGAAAGAUUUUUGAUCUUAGUCUGUUCAAUCCAGGAAAAAAUGGCUUCCUGCAAUAAUGGAGCGAUGCCGAAAGUGUUUGUUUAGAGGAGAAGCUGAAGCGCUCACUAGAUUAAAUCAGAAACAUGGGUUAUUGCAACGGUCUUUGUCUGGCAACUUUCUACUUCCACAGCUUGAUAGUUAUAUGCAUUUUAUCAACAAAAAAAUGUAUCACCUAAACACUGCAAAAUAUACAACUUUAACAUAGGAAACUGUUAACUGAAAAAAAAAAGAAAAAAAUAAUAAUCUGCUCAUUUGUCCCAUGGAGACUGGCUAAAUCUAGUCUGCCUACCAGUAGAUGGUGUAGGAUGCUUUUGAGAAUUUGUUGCGCUACCAUUUUUAUUUACAUUUUACUGGUUAUGAAAUUUAGUGAUACCUUGUUCUUACUGUACUAUAGAAAGAUCUGCUGUUUUUAUUCAUUUUUUUGUUCAUUUUCCUACACUGUUUAUGGCAAUAAAAUGUAUAAUCUUACAGAAAUUUAUUAUGAAUGUGUUUUAAGUGGGAUGGGUGAAUGAGUCAAGGCAAUGAAGUAGUUCUCUGAGAACACAUGAACCAAUGUGAACAUGGAAUAAAAACAUUUAAAUUUAA